GGCCGCCUGCGAAGCAACUCGGCGGGCUCUGCGAAACCGGCUGUCUGCCUUCACGAGUUUUACCAGCAGGUGAAUCUUUCCGGGGGAGAGUAAAAAGUGCAGUGGUGGACGCAAUGGGCGUGUUCCUUGAGUCGUGGCUGAGCGAAGUGGUCGCCGUUCUCCUGGUGACAGUGGCGGCGCUGUAUGCCUGGUUCUCACACGGAUACACCUACUGGAGCAAGCGUGGAGUGCCGCAGGCGAAACCGCAGAUACCCUUCGGGAAUCUCAGGAAAAGCUUUCUAGGACAGAAACGUUUGGAGUUUAUUCUGCAAGACAUCUACCGUCAGUUCAGAGGUGAGAGGUAUGUGGGAAUAUACGGAUUCACCAAACCAAUGCUCGUCCUGAUUGACCCUGACCUCAUACGGAUGGUACUAGUCAAAGAUUUUGACUCGUUCCGGAAUAGAGGAGUCCCUUUCAACGAGCAGGAACCGUUGAACCACAAUCUGUUCUUCAUUGGAGGCAACAAAUGGAAACGGUUGCGAACCAAGUUGACCCCGACUUUUACGUCAGGAAAGCUCAAGAUGAUGUGCCAGACGAUGCAGGACUGCGGCCGCGAGAUGGUGGAGGUGUUGGGAGAUUCAGCGAGCCGUGGGGAGGUGGUGGAGAUGCGGGAGGUGUCCGCCAGGUACGCCACGGACAUCAUCGCGUCCGUCGCCUUCGGCGUGGAGUGCAACUGCCAGAGGAACCCGGAGGCCGAGUUCCGACAGUGGGGGCGCAAGGUGUUUGAGCCCUCGCUCAAGUCCAAGAUCGCUCAGAUCAUGUACGAUUUCGUCCCCCUGUUAGCCAAGGCACUCGGGGUUGCUGGUGGAACGGAAGAAGUGUCGCAGUUCUUCCGAAACAUGGUGAGAGAGACCGUGGAGUACCGGGAGAAGAACAACGUGACACGCAACGACUUCAUGCAUCUGCUGAUACAGCUCAAGAACAGGGGCUUCGUCGAUGACGAUAAGCUCAACGGCCUCAUGGAUAGCUCCAAGGAUGUGGACAACUGGAAGUUGUCGAUGGAUGACGUGGCAGCCCAAGCGUUCGUGUUCUUCCUGGCGGGCUUCGAGACAUCGUCGACCACGAUGAGCUUCGCGCUGUACGAGCUGGCCCUCAAUCCAGACGUGCAGAAACGUCUACAAGAGGAGGUGGACGCCACGAUGAAGAAGAACGAUGGGCAGCUGACAUACGAGGCCAUCUCGGAGAUGCCGUACCUCGACAAAGUAGUUUCAGAAACGCUAAGGAUGUAUCCACCAGGCGCACUACUUGGUCGCAAGUGCACAAGCCGCUACCAGUUCCCUAACAAUGGAGUCACCGUGGAAGAAGGGACGCCAAUCUUCGUUCCAGUCUAUGCCCUGCAUCACGACGCGGAGUACUUCCCACAGCCUGAACGUUUCGACCCCGAAAGGUUCUCGGAGCAAAACAAAGCAGGGAGAAACCCAUAUGUGUAUCUGCCAUUCGGUGAAGGACCGCGCAACUGCAUAGGUAUGCGGCUAGGCCUCCUGCAGACCAAGAUUGGGCUGGCGUACCUCAUGUCCAAGUUCGCAGUUCAUCGCUGUGAGCAGACGAAGGUGCCGAUCGAGUUUAAUGCAGUCUCCUUCAUUCCGAUGCCCACCACUGGUAUUCAGUUACGGCUAGCCAAAAGGACGUAACUACUUACGGACCUGACCCUGCUACACCUGCAGUAUUAUUUGCAUUGUAAAUACUACAUAUCAUUGAUCUUAGAGCUUAAGACUGCACAUA